AGGUGUCCAGGCCUCCCUCCGCUGCCUGCCUCUCCUUCUGUAAAAUAAUGUUGGCUGGAGUUUGGGAUACAGAAAAGCUUGGAAAAAAUAGCACUUUCAUACUGUGUGGAGAAAAGGAAUAAAAAGUUGCACACCUCAAGCAAGUUGCUGGGGUUGUUCUCACUGGGAUGACAGAAAAGAUUUCCUGUCUUUCUGCUAUUCAAGACAUAAGAAAUAUUUUUUUAAAAAAAGAACCCUUGACUGUGCUGCCAAUAUAAUGCUCCUUAGUGACACAUCCAGAUUUUGCUUUACUCACCAUGAAGGCCACAGUCAUUGCAACCUUCUUUGGUGCGUUUCUUGUAUGCGCAUAUGCAGCUAAGGAAGCCACAAAGAAGACGAAAAAAGCUAAGCUGUAUGUACCCCAGAUCGAUUGCGAUGUCAAGGCGGGGAAGAUAAUCAAUCCAGAAUUCAUUGCAAAAUGCCCUCCUGGAUGUCAAGAUGUAAAACACCGUGUUUAUGGCACAGACAUUUAUGCAUCCUUUUCCAGUGUGUGCAAUGCUGCAAUUCAUAGUGGUAUAAUCGACAAUGCUGGUGGGAAGAUCCUCGUCCAGAAAGUCGCUGGCCACUCAGGUUACCGUGGGACCUUCUCCAACGGGGUCCGGUCACUGUCGCUACCACGCUGGAGGGAGUCCUUCCUCGUGUCAGAGGGAAAGCCAAGAAAAGGUGUGACAUAUCCAUCAACUCUUGAAUAUUCUUCUUCAAAAAGCACAGCUGUUAAAUCAGAGCCUAAAAAGCCAGAGCAAGACCUAAAAGCUACGAAGAGAGCAGAUCCCCCUAACGCAUCAGAAAAAACAUCGGAACAAGGGGACAUAGUCCACAAAGAGUAUCAGACUUCCCCAGUGCCGACACCAGCUACACAAAUGGCCACCACAACCCCAACACCAACAACCACGACGACAGAUCCUUCCACCACGACACCAAAGCCAACCACAACACCUGCAACAACCAGAACCCCAACAGCUGCAGCCAAGACUCGACCGGACCUGCAUAGGGUCAGAGAUAUAGGUUCUAGCAGUGUCCACCCAGCAUACUCAUCUGUGGUAGCUGCAGCAUCAAGACAGGUUCAGGCUGCACAAGGAAGAGGACAGAAUACAGCAUUCAGGGGCACUUUCACCUCUGCAAGUAACAGGAAUAUUUUACGACCCAAUACAGGUAUUCAGCGCCAAGAGCCUGUUGCCACCUUCCGGAGGACUGCCAGCUCUCCAGCCCACCUGGCAAUGGAAACAGACUUGUGGAAACCUGCAUUGAGCCUUUUUGACACAGGCUUCAGUUCAAAGGAGGAAUUGAAUCCAAAGCCGCUGGAGUCCAUCUCCCAAGGGAACCCAAAUUGCAAGGUUGAUUUGUCCUUCUUGAUGGAUGGGAGCUGGAGCAUCGGUAAACGCCGCUUUCAGCUCCAGAAGCAGUUCCUCAGUAACGUGGCUCAAGCCCUUGGCAUUGGCAGCGCUGGUCCUCUGAUGGGCAUUGUUCAGUACGGCGAUGACCCUUCCACAGAAUUUAACUUAAAAACUUAUGCCAACUCCAAGGACCUAAGAAACGCCAUUGAGAAAAUCCCACAGAAGGGUGGACUUUCCAACGUUGGGAAGGCACUUUCAUUUGUUAACAAAAACUUCUUUUUGGAUGCUAAUGGAAACCGAGGUGGAGCACCCAACGUGGUUGUAGUGAUGGUGGAUGGGUGGCCAACCGACCGAGUGGAGGAGGCCUCCAGGCUGGCCAGAGAAUCAGGGAUCAACAUUUUCUUUGUCACUAUUGAAGCAGCUGCUGAAAGCGAGAAGCAGAAUGUUAUUGAACCAAACUUCGUGGACAAGGCAGUGUGCAGGACAAAUGGUUUCUAUUCCAUCAACGUCCCCAGCUGGUUCAGCUUACACAAGGUUGUCCAGCCCUUGGUGAAGCGGGUCUGUGACACCGAUCGGCUGGUUUGCAGCAAGACGUGCCUCAAUUCCGCUGACAUCGGUUUCGUAAUCGACGGCUCCAGCAGCGUCGGCACCAGCAACUUCCGCACAGUCCUCCAGUUUGUAGCCAACAUCAGCAAGGAGUUUGAGAUUUCGGACACCGACACCCGCAUCGGAGCUGUUCAGUACACCUAUGAGCAAAGGCUCGAGUUCAGCUUUGACAAGUACAGCACGAAGCAGGAUGUGCUGAGUGCUAUUAAAAGGAUCAGUUACUGGAGCGGUGGGACCAGCACGGGAGCAGCCAUCACCUACGCCUCAGAGCAGCUGUUCAGCAAAUCCAAACCCAACAAAAGGAAGAUCAUGAUUCUUAUUACAGAUGGCAGAUCUUACGAUGAUGUCAGAGUGCCAGCCAUGGCAGCUCACCAAAAUGGAGUUAUAGCUUAUUCCAUUGGAGUUGCUUGGGCAGCCCAAGAUGAACUGGAAGCCAUUGCAACAGACCCCGACAAGGAGCAUUCCUUCUUCGUGGAUGAAUUCGACAACCUCUACCGCUUUGUUAAUCAGCUCAUCCAAAACAUUUGCACAGAAUUUAAUUCCCAGCCACGGAACUGAUGGACGGGAGCAAGGCGGGACCCUCGGGCGCCGUACUGAAGGCAUGCCAAGUGCCACAGGAGUAAUGCUAGCCCUCAGUUCAAGAAAUACUGGAGGUGUUUUUCUCCAGCACUUUCCAGUCAGCAAGGCUGAUUGCAGCUCUGUCCCUAUGCAUGAUAAUGCUCUGUGUAGAAUGUUGAUUUUAUUUUUUUUUUCAUUGCAGGCUUCAGAAACUCUGAUUUGAAUGGAUAGUGAAAGAGGCAGUAAACAUGGAGGAAAUAACUGGAGCUGUUUGAAAAACUGCUUCCAGUGAUGAACCCUGACUUGUCUGAUUCCCACCUCUGGGCACACACAAGCUCCUUAAAAAGUACUACCUGCUUCCCAAGGUGGCCAGGUCCCUUCAGGGAGCAGUCACGCUGCUCAGCUGCUGUGGCAGAAGCACCUCCCUGUGACACUGCCCACCAGACAACAGGUCAGGGCUGAAAUACCAGACACUUUUUUGGGGGGGGACACAUAACUCAAAUUUGAGUACCUUCUUAAAAGCAGGCACUCUCUCCAUACAGCUGUCUUGCCAGCAAGUUAAGCUUCAGCUAAUGUAAACUCGAGCAUUGGGAUUUACCCAAACCCAGAGACUGGAAAGCAAGUGAGAGGAAAGAGUCAAGCUGUGGGACUCUACAACCAUUUGUCAACCCCAUCAAAGGCCCAAUUCCACAAAGCAGCCAACACGCAGGAACUGGAAUCUACUCUCAAAUUCAAAUAUUAAUGCAGAGCUGUAGGAGAAGUGUCUUGUCCCCUCAGCUCUCUUGCUUUACUCCUGUACGGCUCAAGGCCUGCAGGACCACAGGAGAGCUGCCAGGACAGGGGACACUUUUUCAGAAAAACUGUGGGUUUGAGUUGCUCACAAUCAGAAAUGCAUUUGAGACCUACUGCUCUACGGUUAGACCACAGCUCAGAACAGCUUACAGCAGUCUCUAGUGUAAGGAGAGCUAUUCAAGAGCCAUUAACAGGAUUUAAGAGGGAAUUAUCUAAAGUUCUGUAUUACACACUGGGAAAAGCAGCAUUUCAAGCAUUUACAGACACCCUCACCCAGAUUUGGGAUUGACCUGUUUUAAGGACUGAUUUAAAAAUGAACCUACUACAGCCCUGGAUUAUUCAAAACACACGGUUAUUUCUUAAGUGAAGAACCAGCCAUAUCACUAGUCACAGCAGGGGAGGAGUGACAUGUUCAGAGGGCCAAAAGGAUUGCACUUUAAUUAGGAAGCAGCAGUUGCUGGUUAUGUUUCGAUCCAGUAUAAUUUCAGAUAAUAUGUUCAUUAAGCAAACUUAUCGAAGGAAAGGGACAGAGUUUCAGAGCCAAUAAAAAUGUGCAUGUUCACGCACCUUAUGGCAAUCAAAGCCACACCAUGUCAGGCUUGUGGGACUAACAGGAAAUGGGAAGAAAUUGAAACUCAGAUUUCACAUCUUACUCACAAACCAGGCUUUUAACAGCAUUUAUAGUUUUAAUAACCAUGACCCAGGAUGUUUAUUAUCCACAUAAAAAUGUUAAUUGAAGUAAAUUGUCAUAAGGGAGACUCUGUCAACAAAAGUAGCACAAUCUUUUAAAUCGUUAUGUUUGGAAAUACAACUGAAGUAGCUCAAAAAUUACCAAUUAAGCAAGCAUAAUGCAAACUAAUGAGAACUGCAGAUUCUGCACCAUCUCCCUGGUGUGGUAAAUAAGCCAGUCUGGGGUCCUGUCAAGAGGUUAUCAAAACCAAUCUUGGAUGAAACUGGUUUUACACAGGGAAGGUUCAGAUCUUCCUCUUAGAAGAAACAUUCAGUUCCAGCUUUAACUGAACAACAUCAAUACAAUAAUGCUACCCAGACAGAAGAUGCAGGGCACUGCCAGCUUCCAAAAAAAAAACCCAAAAAAACCAAACCCCAAAAAAACAAAAAACAAACAACACAAAGACAUAAAAUAUAUUUGUAUGCAGAGUUUUUAACACUAAUCUGUGCUGCUGCACAUCCACAGCAAUAGCCUCUUGGCUUGAAAAAAGUAAAGAUUAAGGACAGAGACUUAGGUAGAAGCAGAGCAACCCCUGAUACCCCCCAUCUCCUGACCCACCUCCCUCACUACCGUUCUGCCGAAAGCAUCUUUCUCUGUCAACAAGGGACAUUACAUGGGCUGGACAAAACUCAAAACACAAACUGAUUUUACUGGGGACUUCAGUUCAGACACCAGAUUUAUGGUGUGAAAACCUAUUUGCUUGGGGUUUUAUUUGGGGCUAGCUGAGAAAAAGGCCUAAGUCUUAACUUUUAGCUACUCUUAAUAUUGUGGUUUACUUUUUAAUGCAACAGCUUACCAUCACAUAUUGUUCUCCAUACUGGCCGUACUCUUGCAGCACAGAAGACCGGUACUCUGCAGAGACCCCCCAACGUUUCGCUUGUGCUCUGCCGAAAGCACCGCAUAGGCAGCCCGAGACACAAGGAACAGUUAGAGCCACACGUGUUCUUUAGGAUACGCGUUGUCAUUUCUUCUGAAAGCUUAAACUUCAAGCAAUGACAGUGAGCUUUCAAAUGCUCUUUCACAAGGAAGCUGCACAGCUAUCUUCUGUGUCAAGCAUUUAUAAAGGGCAUUUCAGGGUUUGUUGUUGUUUAAUCAGUUUAUCUUAAGUUUACAGAACAACUAUGGCACUCGGUUGCCAAUGUGCAUUUGUAUUAGCUUCUUGGGAUGACCUUGAAAUUGUUGGUUCUCAAAGUGUGAAAGUCCUUUAAUGUUUAAUCCAACUCUCAUCUAAAUUUAGAUUCACAAACACUGUAAACUCAAGCGUAAGCCUCAAAACUUGUGAGAAUACACCCUUCCAUUAACAAAAGCGAGCGGAUCAGCACAGAACACAUUCUUCUUAACCUUUACCUUUCAUAGCAAUCAAAAUACUUGCCAUCUACUAAAGUCUCUAAAUACUGUUUGAUUAAAAAACAAAGUAACUUACAUAUAAAUCUUCAUACAUGUUUGAGGGGGUAUAUUUGUUUGAAGAAAGCAGCAAAACUUCUGUAAGAUAUACAAGCUAUUUUGAGCUUAUCUAUACAAGUUGCUAUAUCUUUUGCAAUAAAAUUGUCCCAAAGGCAUAUGCAGUACAUGUUGCCUCAUAUAUGGUUAAAAA